CACGGUCUUGCCUCCACCUUUUUGUCAAUCAAAGCACUGGACAUCACAGUAAUUUCAAAGGAUGUCCCGUUAAAGGUCGAUAAAAGCGAUACAACCAGCAUUUCUUGACGUUUUACGUCUAAAUAAUGGCCCGACGGCCGGCCUGUUUGCAGUUGGACACCGACCACCACCGGGAGCCAACGGGACGGCGACUGUGAGUGACCGCAGGCUGCGCCGAGCUAACGUUACGCAGCUGUCUGUAACCGAAGCUAAGCGCUUCGUCUUCUCCGUUGUUCUGGCCCGGAGCUGCUGAGUUAAACCAGGGCUGUCAUGGACAAAGAAGAGGCGGACCGGCUCAUAGAGAAGGCCAAGCUGUGUUUACGAUCGGGCCGAAAGGAUCGGGCGCUGCAGCUGUUAUAUGAGGCGCAGAAAAUCUACCCCAGCACCAGGGCCAGAGUGCUGAUAGAGGCCAUACUGAGAAACGGAGGCAGUGCCUCCCCAGAAGCGAACCACGUGCCUCCGCCCACAGGCUGGAGAGACGAGGACGUCAGAAACCAAGAAACAAGGAAUGCGAAUUGUGAUGAAAAGAAGACCUACACUGAGGAGCAACGCCAGGGUGUUUUCAGAAUAAAGAAUUGCAAGGACUUUUAUGAAAUCCUCGGUGUUGACAAAGGUGCCAGUGAUGAAGAUCUGAAGAAGGCGUACAGGAAGUUGGCCCUGAAGUUUCACCCAGACAAGAACUUUGCCCCAGGGGCCACAGAUGCAUUCAAAGCCAUCGGUAAUGCAUACGCAGUGCUGAGCAACCCAGAGAAGAGGCAGCAGUACGAUCAAUAUGGAGAUCGGUGUCCAACUUCAAACGUACCCCAUCACUCCGGCCACAGCCGGCCCGGACACUACCGGAACUUUUACAGAGACUUUGAGGCCGACAUUUCCCCCGAGGAGCUCUUCAACAUUUUCUUUGGUGGCCGGUUUCCCACAGGAAAUGUUCAUGUGUACACCAACCAGGGCGCCUCCUACUCUCAGUUCUACCAGCCUCGUCGGCGACGAGCUCAUGAAAGGCGUGAGGAGGUGGUGGAGGAAAACCAGAGCCAGAACACCUUCACAGCUCUUCUGCAGCUUCUCCCCGUGCUGGUGUUGAUCCUCAUAUCGGUCUUUACCCAGAUGAUGGCCACUAAUCCGCCGUACAGUCUGUUCUACAAGCCGGCGAUGGGGCUGGUGGUGUCCAGGGAAACACAGCACAUGGGUGUGCCGUACUAUGUGGACAAAAGUUUUCAGAAGGAGUACCGCGGAGCUGCGCUGGAAGAACUGGAGAAAAGCAUCGAGAGCGACUAUAUUGAACACCUGCAGAGCAGCUGCUGGAAGGAGAAGCAGCAAAAGUCAGACUUGGCAAACCUGGGGCAGCUUUACCGGGAUGAGCGGUUAAAGCAGAAGGCGGAGUCCAUGAGGUUGGACAACUGCGAUAAACUGCAGCGAUUGGUCGGCCGCCUGAGAGUCAAAUGAGGACAGUUUGAGAGGAGGAAACGUUUCUUUAGCGAAGUGUGUAAUUUACCCAUUCUGGCCACUUUGUUGCGACAUGUCGUGUGGUACGGUGCAGCCAGUGGGAGAUUGCCCCUCUGGAUACAACGUGCCUUCUCUUCAGCGGUAGGAAAAUAAGGAGUUGCACUGUGGCGGUAGCAGCAGGGAGCGCAAGCAGGGUGUAGGAUGUCUCACAGCCUUCAAACUUUCUUAUAGAAAUGGCAUGACAUGCAGUCUCCCCUGGAGGUUACCAAGGCAGUUGUAUGUUUGGGACAUACAUGUUUUAUCUGUUUAGGUUUCUGAUUUCUUGUGUCUUUGUUGACAUUUUAGAUGUAUUUAUUUGGUAGGUAACAGGGUGAAUGUUAGCCAGGAUCUUUCAGUAAGAAAUGAGUACAGACUUGCAUAAUACUGCAGCGUUGUAUGUAUUGUAAAAUGACAAAGGACCUUUUAGGUGUUUAAAACUGAGACACACCCAACAAUUAAACCUUCUGCAGUAAAUACAAAGAAACAUGGUCUUUCUUGCCUCCAAAAGCAUUAAUGGUACUGAUGAUUGUAUUAAGGCUUUAUUGCAGUUCCUCCUAAGGUUGCAUUUUAAAUCAUCUUGUUUAUGUGAAUUUCAGAUUGACUUCCCCUUUUAUGCUCCACGUAUGUUUCCUGAUUGUCACAGGGAGCUCAUAUUAUACCAGAAUGCAUCAAACUAUAAAAUUACAUACAGUGCUUUGUAGAAGUAUUCAUACUUCCAUUACAAUUUGUCACAACCACAAAGUUGUAUUUUAAUCAGAUUUUAGGUGAUAGACCAAAACAAAGUGGUGCAUAUUUGUGAAAAAGCAGUAAAAUGAUACAUGAUAUUACGUUUUUAUUUUUUUCAAUAAUAUAAUUAAAAUUGAUUGAUUAUAAUAGAUUUUUGUUAUAUUAGAAUUGAAAUAUGUGGUAGGCAUAUGUAUUCAGCUCCCAAGGUCAAUACCGUGCAGCAAAUGGUGCACAUCUAAAGAUGGCCGUUUUUUCCUGGUCUUCUUUGUGAAAUGGCUCAGUCAGUCAGAUGCGAUGAAGAACAUCUUUGAAAAUCAGUUUUCCUGUUUUUCCCACAGAUUCUCAAUUGGAUUUAGGUCUGUAUUUUGGUCCAUUCUUACAUAUGCACAUGCUUUUUGCUAAACCAUUCUAUUGUAGGUCUGAUUGUAUGUUUAGAGUCAGUGUCACAAUGGAAGACAAGCUUCCACCCUUUUGCAGACUCUAAUAGGCUUUCUCCCAGGAUUUUCCUGUAUUCAGCUCCAUUGAUCUUCCCAUCCACUAAAGAAAAGCGUUCCCACAGCAUGAUGCUGUCACCAACACGUUUCACCAUGUAAAUUGUAAUGUGCAGUUACCUUUCUUCCACCCACAGCCUUUUGCCAUUCUGGUCCCCUACGACCAGAGCACCUUCUUCCACGUUUUCUGUCACCUACAUGGAUUGUGACAAACUUUAAACAGAACUUCUCAUGUUGUUCUUCUUGCCAAACAAAUAGUUGUCUUAAUAACAGAUUCUCCCACCUGGGCUGUUGAUCUGUGAAGCUCCUCCAGAGUUACCAUGGGCCUUUUCACUCCUGAUUAAUUCUCUUCUUGCCCGAUCUGUUCAGGCAGAAGGUAGAUAUAUGUUUUAUAACCUAACCCCACUUUAAAUUAUCCACCACUUUCUCUCUGACCCGUUAGCUCUAUUCCUUGGCCUUCAUGAUGCUGACGCCUUCACAGACCUUUUGUUGUACUGAGAUUAUCUCACACACAGGAGGGACUCUGGUCACGUGGUGAAAUAAAGGCUUAACAAAGUACAUUAAAGUUUUUGGUUGAAAUGUGACAAAAUGGGCUCAAGAGGUAUCGACACUUUUGCAAGCCACUGUAUUAAUAUAAAUAUACAAAAUGUAUUUUCUUCUCAUGAAAUGGCUUUCCCAUCAAAGAAGGGUUUUCUAAAUCAAGUCCUCUUGUUUUGUAAAGAUCUUUUCUAAAGGAGAAUUAAUAAAUCUAACCAGAUGAGUGUAAAACUCAUUUUCUAACAGAAAAAAGUAACUUUGUUUUGUGGAAAUUUGAAGUCUUGUUACCUUAUUGAAUAGGAUGCAAAUCCAGAAUCAUACCUCCUCAUAGCUGGAAAUCUGAGUUGUUGCCAUGCACUACGCCUACCAGACUGCCUUAGCUGUUGUACGUUCGAAAUAUUCAGGUUCAUCUUGAGCACUUUUAAGUUAAAAUCAUCGUCUGUGUUCCAUACUGUGAUGUUUGCAUGCGCCCCGAAGGGUUUUUAUUUUCUAUUGUAUAUUUAUUAUUUGACCAUAAAUAUUCAGGUUCACACCGUUAUCUUACAAACACUUAAAUCCUCAACUGUGACAAAAACACAAGCUAGGUUUUAAAAUGUAUAACCUCAAGUUGAGUUACGUUGCUGAACUAAUUGUAAGCUGUCAGCCAAAAAUAUUUGAAAAUUAAAGCUGUAACCAGUAUUGAAA